CUUGAAAUGUUAUCGCGCGCGCUUCUUUAAUUGUUCUACUCAAUAAUAUUAAAAAUGGAAAUAGACGAAUCACUUAAAUCAAAUAUCAAGUGUUUUAAAAGCCAUGUGCAGUGUCUGGGUCCUCUAAAUAUCGACUACAAUGCUUCCAGCACGACAUUUAUUCUGUGGAAUAAGUACGAAAUAUACGUAUACGAGAAUUUAAAAUUUGAAGCUGCGUCGAAAGUAAUAUUACCUGCGUUUCAUAUUUUUUAUCUUGUAUCUUCUAAUAAUUUUAUAAUAUGUUUAGAUUUUGAAGGAAACAUAUAUACGACGUGUAUGAAAUUUAAACAAUCUGCACCAAAACGUUUGAAAACGAACUUUGUACAGCGAGAAAAGUGUGUACUUAGUACUACACUUUACACAUCUGAGAAAGUAUUAAGUUUGAAAUUCGAACACAACACUCAUCAUCUAUGGAUAAAUAAUUUAAAUUCGGAAUUCGAAUUAGAGAAAAAAAUUAAGUUGACUUUUCCUAAUGAAAACAACCAGCCAUCACAAUGUGAAUUAAAUUCAUGUAUUUUAAAAUGUUACAAAUUAGAUGAAAAAUAUGAUAAUUUAUUGAGAAUAUUUAACACAGAUAGAGAUGUAACAAAGGAUUAUAAUUUAAUUAUAAUUAGUUUUGACAGAAGAGUUUUAUAUGGAAGUUUAUUAUCACAAAAAAUGCAAACAAAUGAAAUGGCAUUACAAAAUAUAUUUAGCUCUCCUACAAGAAUUAAUGAUAUAAAAUUGAUUGAAGAAAAUCUUGGAUACAUAUUAAUUACUUUAGAAUCAGGUACAAUUGUAAAAUUAUCACUGGCUGAUUUAAAUAAAAAUUCUGAUAUUGUUCAUUUGAAUACUGCAAUUUCGAAAUGUGUUCCAUUUCACGAAUCAAUAUUAUACACAGAUGGUAUAACAAUGUGGAAAUCUAAUAAUACAUUUACAAAAGAUAUUAAUUUCCAACAAUUCCACAUUAAUCAAGUUAAGGAUUUUGUAUGUUUUGGUGAUCAAAUCCUUUGUACUACAUUUACAAAUUUAAUAUAUUUAAUUACUGUUGAUAAUGAAAUAUUUAUUAAAUCUACAUCCGAAUAUUGUGAAGCUAAAAAAAUAUUAAAUGAUACAGGAUGUGUUUAUAAAAUUUUAGACAGAGUUGAGGUAAACUAUGAAUUAGAGAAGAAAAUUAAAGAAGAAUGUGAUUUUAUAACAGCAUUAUCAUUAUCAAAUCGUCCAGACAUAUUAGAUAGCAUUAUUAUAUAUUCUAUUUUACUAUAUAAUAAUUAUGAAGAUGUUUUAAAAGAAUGUCACGAUUUAACUUUGACGGAUAAUGUGAGAGAAUUUUUCACCACAAAUAUACUUUGUUUAUUAAUUAGAAUAUCACUUACGUUUGAAAAACAUAAAAUAAAUAAUGUUUUAUUACAAGUAUUAAGAGAUUUACAGAUACAUAUAACAUUAUUAUCAUCCAAUAAAUUGAUAAAAACUACAUCAGUGAGGGUAGUUGAUGAAUUUAAAAAUAUUAAUUUAGUAAUUCCUUUCAAUAGUAAACACAGCACAUCAGUUACUGUUAAUAUUAAAAUAUUAAAAAGAAUACCAGGAAUGCAGAGUAAAGAAGAAAUGUGGAUAUUAAUGCAUGAGAAAGAAAUAAUAUUAAAUGCCGAGCAUUUUAUAAAAUCUAAUAUACUAAAGAAUAAUAUAACUGAAUUAAAAAAUGUUGAAAAUUCGGUUGAAGGAAUAAUAAAUCAAAUUGCCUUUAAUUCCAGUAGCCACUUAUUUAAAUUUACUAGUAUUGAAAACAAAACAAAAUCAGAAUUUUCAUUUUAUUUAAAAUUACCUGAUAAUUGUAAAGAAGCAUUUGAAAAUGAAAAUUACUAUAGAAAUAUAUUUAAUACAGAAAAAGCAUUAAAUAUAUUGAAGCAUAAUACAUCAGAUGAUUUUUUGAAAGGGAAGAAUAAUAUAACAUUUGAAAUUGGCAACACUAAAGUUAAUAUUGAGAUUAUCAAUGAUUUUACCGAUCAUUCAUUGAAAGUUACAUGUGAUGAUAUGAAAAUAGGCUUUGAUAUGAGGAAUUUCUACUGCAACUUGGCGUAUGAUAACUUCAGUAAAUGUGAACCGGGCAAAGAAUUUGUCAGACAUACUUUAUAUGCUACUAUUGAGAACAUCCAAAAAGGUAUUAGAUGCUGCAUCUCUAGAGAUACUGAUGAUCUCAAGCCUUUAUUGGAGCAGCUUCAAAGAUUCGUGUAUGGAGCAAUGCCAUUGUAAUUGUAACCAUUAUACCAAGAAACCUCUUUAUCUUCAUUUUGUAGGAUUUGUAAAUAAAAAACAUGUAA